GUAUACGUCAUUUCGAGUGAUAUAAAAAAGAGAGAGAGACGAGAUAUCCACAUUCUUGAAUUAUGAUGGCACACGACAUGGAGCGAGUACUGAUGUCCCCGGCGUUCGAAGUGUUUAACAAGCUUCGGCUGGCAGGACAGCUUUGUGACGUGGUCCUCAUCACCGACGGUGUUCAAUUCAACGCCCAUACAGUAAUUCUGUGUGGCUGUAGCUCCUACUUCCAGGCUCUGUUCGCCAGUGACUGGAAUGAUUCAGGAAAGCGGGAGUACCAACUCCCAGGCAUUUCCCCAGAAACACUGAGGCAGGUCAUAGAGUAUGCCUACACGUACUCUGUGGUCAUCACAGCUGACAAUGUGGAGAACCUCCUGGCAGCUGCUGAUUAUCUCAGUGUCUUGGGCAUCGUGCAGCGCUGCUGUGAUUUCCUGCAUGAGCAGCUCUUCCUCAACAACUGCAUUGGCCUUCUUAAAAUCGCCGAUGUCUACUGCGUAAACGAGCUGCACCAUUCUGCAUUCAACUUUAUCUUGAAAAACUUCAAGGAGGUUGCCAUCAGCUCAAACGAGUUCCCAGAACUAAGUCUUGAACAACUUUCUGACAUCAUCGAGCAGGAUGAGCUUAAUGUCAGAGAAGAGGAUGUGGUGUUUGAGGACAUCCUCCGGUGGAUCGAGCACGAGCCUGCCACCCGAGAGGCCCACAUUUCAGUCCUAUUGGCCAAGAUUCGGAUGGCUCGUAUGGAUCCGGAAUACUUCAUGAAAAUCGUCAAAGCCAACGAUCUAGUGAAGGCCAAUGUGGCGUGCAGGCCAAUUAUCACUGAUGUACUGAAGGUCAUCUAUGAUCUUCAUGAUGAAAGUCCACUCUCUGAUUUUGAGAACCCACUGAUCCGCCCGCGCUUGCCCUCUGAUAUUUUGCUGGCUGUUGGUGGAUGGAACAUGCGCACGACAAACUGCAUUGAUGCAUAUGACACACGGGCCGACCGCUGGGUGGAUAUCACGCAGGAGGAGCAGAGCAACCUAGCUGGUCAUGGCACAGUGUACCAUGAUGGGUUUGUGUACUGCAUUGGGGGGUUUGAUGGGCAAAAUUUCAUCAAUACCGUGCGCAGAUACGACCCGAUCACACGAGCAUGGCAGCAGAUGGCCCCCAUGCACUGGAAUCGAUGUAAUGUUAGUGUGGUCGUGCUCGAUGGGCUCAUCUACGCCAUGGGUGGCCAUAUUGGUUUCAGGCCCCUCAACAUCGUAGAGUGCUACAACCCAAUAACCAAUGAAUGGACCCAGAUCGAGCACAUGAAUGAGAGGAGAAACGAUGCCAGCGCCACCACCCUGAAUGGCAAGAUAUACAUCUGUGGGGGCCACAGUGGAACAGAGAGCCUUUCUACAGUGGAGUGCUUUGACCCACUCUCUAACGAAUGGAGCUUGAUCACUCCAAUGAGCACUCCCCGUCACAGCCUUGGAGUCACGGCGUAUAAAGGCAAGAUCUAUGCGGUGGGCGGUAUCAACAGGCCUGAUCACCUGCAGACCAUGGAGGUCUAUGACCCUACCACAAACCGCUGGCAUGCUGUGGCCCCCAUGUCCACACCGCGCAACUCUGCUUCCUCAUUGGAAGGUGUGUUGGUGGGAUCGAGGUCUUUGAAGACGAAGCUGUCCGGAAGUAAUUUUCCAUGGCCUCGCUAAACUCCUCCCACACCUGAGUUUUUACCUCGACGACCGCCGAAGCCGCAUUCCAACAUUUCAUCAACGCUGUCCACCAGCGGGUUCGGGGAUUGCUGCCACAACAGGCCACAGCUCCAGUCAGCUGCCUCCACAAUGGAGGCAUGGAACAAGGCCCAUUCGUACUAGUCAGUCCCCUGCGUCCUCCAGGACAUGGGAGAAGCUCUGCUGGAGAUGGGAGCUGAAUCUUCUCCUGACAUUGCAUACUUAAAAUAAAGUUUUCUUUUUCAUAUUA